CAAUUCAAGCGGCCAUCUUAGGCGGGGGCACGACCCAUCCGCUAACACGGGGCAGCGAUGCGUGACGUCACGCAACCGAAUCGCAGCACCUCGCAGAUUAACGCCACCGGUCUCCCCCACCCAACAUGUCCGCGGCGGGGUUCAAAGCGGCGACGGCGGUGGCCGGAGCAGCAACGACGGAAGCCGCCGCCGCCACCGCGGGCAUUCAGCGGGCGAUGGCGACCCUCGUGGCGGCGCGGCGUGGCGCGUCCUUGCUCGGUAGCCGCCUCCCGUGGUCUCCCGCAGCCGCCGCGUACGCCACAGAGACGCGAGGCGCCUUCUGGAGCAGGAUCAACUUCCUGAGGAGAGACAAGGCGGCGGCGGUGCCGGUGGCGACGCCGGCGCAGGCGGAGGAGCAGGAGCGGCAACGGCAGGCGGUGGUGCUCGUGCCCAGGCCCGAGCCGCGGAGCCGGCGCUACGACCCGCCCGCCGACCUGGAGCAACGGGUGCGGCGAGCGGUGGGCGAGGUGUACGGCGCGGGCGACGGCGCGGGCGACGCCGCGGGCUCGGGAGCGCGAGAUUGGCGCCACGUUGCCGUGGGCGCCGGCGCGAAGAAGUUCGAGCUGCUGGCGCGGUUGGCGGCCGAUUUGGGCGGCCACCGGGUGCCCAACUCGCGGCUGCACGAGGUGUCCAAGGCGGGCGACGUGCUCGCCUUCUACGGGGAGGCCGUGAGGGACUCGAGCCGCUUCGAGGACCUCGCCUCGAUGCCACUGCCGCCCAACCUGAAGAUCCGAUGGGAAGAGUCCCGAGGAGAAUGAAGGAGGAGGCGAGAUGGUUACCAUCACCACCCCACAACCGAACUUCUCCUUCAGGGUUUACAAGUUUUAGCGACCCCACCAAUUAACUUGUUUCAAAUGCAAAUUGUAUGCUCCGCGCAAUCCCGAUGAUUGCUAAAACGGUGUAUUCAAAUUACGAUAUUGUGUGGAGGCUUGUCCCCGGUCUGAUGGAGGUAGCGGCGAUUAGAAUUAAGAUGACAUCGUGUCUAUGCGUAUUCUUAGUGGUCUUCAAAAAAUCAUCAGGCAUGUACCGCGCUUGACGGCUUAAUUUGUAUUUAAACUGAAGUUUGUACAUUAUGAAAAUACGCACCUUGGUGGGUCGCAAAAAAAGAUGAGUUUGGGAAACACUGCAAACGUUUAAAUGAAGAUUCUGAUAUCAUAGCCAAUGCUUCUGAUGCCACACCACCUUACAUGCCAAGUCACAGCUUUUGCACUGAACUUUUGACCUCCCAAGGUCCGUGCAUGGAGUCAAACAUAUUGUGGUCUCAUAUAGGGGAAGCAGUGGACACGCGACCUUAGUCUUAUUCCACCUUCAUCGUCUGAUUGUUGGUCUAUUGAAACGGGAUAUUUCACCUGUUAAAGUCGUAUCCAAUUAUAUGGUUUGUUACAUUGUUAACUCGGGUCCCUCUUACACAUGCCAACAUGGUUGCAUAUUUCCCUUUGGUCCCAAGCCACUCCCGACGCACUUGGUAACAUUAAACUGGCUCGUGGAAUACGUGGUCGGGAUGGUUGGACUGGUCAGUCGUGUGGGCUGUUAUCACGUACAGUGUAGCUAAUUGUGUUGAGUGUGGAUUCAUUUAUUAUACUGUAUACCAUUGUUGACAUUAAAGAGGCCAAUUAACAUAGCAUCACAUUUGGCUGCACUGCGACCACCACGUGCAAGUAAAACGUAUUUUUCACUGAAAGCUGCCGUGACGUUUUAACAAGUUGAAACGAAUGCGUUAAUUGGCUGUACAUUAGAGAUGGGCAACCCAAAGCCCGUUACUUAAUUUGACUUUACCCGCAGCUACAUGAGGCCCCCACCACUUAGAAAUGUCCCCCACGCGAUAUUUAUCUGUCACUGCUAGGACCUUAGCCAUACCAAUCGGGUAUUAAAAUGGAAUUGUUUCAACCUGACAACGCUUACGUUUUCAGUGCGAUCGGUCACUUGGCGCACCUCUUGCAAUGCCAGGUGUGCAAUGUUCGAAGUGUGCGCUCGGGAAGGAAAAAAGUUUCCCACUCCUGGUGUGCACCCAUUCCUCCAUGCAAAAAAGUGGCCGUUAACCCAUUUACUGAUUCAAUGGGGAUUGUUUAUGAAUAAAUAACAAUUGGGCUUGCAAAUAUAUAAUUUCUUGCUCCCGAUAAUGCUCUGCCAUCCCACAUAUACCAACAUUUUAAGUCGACGUUAAGUAAUUUUACGGGUCUUUAUAAUAAAACUGAAACUUGCACCUUGCUGGGCUGGAUAGACCACAUUUUGGGAUGCUCUUGUCCAACAGUAGGAUCCUGUUCAAGCGUUGUUAAAGGUGGCGAUUUUCUGAAUGUCUUUGCGUGUGGCCUAAGCAGACAAAUGAAGAGCUCGUAUACCUCAGAGCUGUGAAUAUUCAUGUUCAAAGACGUGGAGAUAAGUUAGUUCCCAUUGAUGAAAUAUGAUUUAACCAACCAGAAUACUUGGAGGUAAACUUUUAAGACAAGGUUUGGUUGAUGUAUGUAUAAGUGCAUUUAAAUUAUGCUCUUCAGCAUACGACCCAGCAUUCCUGAUGACAUGUUAAGGUAUACACAUUAAAACAGUGUUUUUUCAUGAGA